CGUCACUUCCUCCCGGAACCCGGAUAAAGAAGUACACAGCUUACUGUCACGGCUAGCGGUUGCUGCAGACAUGGCCCUGCCGCCGUUCUUCGUCCAGGGCCGCCAGGGUCCGCCACCCCCGCAGCCUCCGCCUUCCGCUCCAUUCGGCUGCCCGCCCCCGCCGCUGCCCUCCCCGGCUUUCCCGCCGCCUCUUCCCCAGCGGCCCGGUCCCUUCCCGGGGGCAUCCACCCCCUUCCUCCAGCCUCCGCUGGCACUGCCGCCCCGCGUCCCGGCCGAGGCCUCCCGCGGCGGCGGCGGUGGGGGCAGCACCUUCUUCCCGGUGCCACCCCCGCCGCUGCCCCCGCCGAUGCCGCCGCAGUGCCGGCCCUUUCCAGGGCCCGACGCCGGCGAGCGUCCACGGCCACCGCCUCCAGGCCCGGGGCCUCCCUGGAGCCCGCGCUGGGCUGAGGCGCCGCCGCCGCCUGACAUGCUCGGGGACGCGGCCCUUCAGCGCCUGCGCGAUCGGCAGUGGCUGGAGGCGGUGUUCGGGAACGCCCGGCGGCCGGGCGGUCCGGGACCCCCGCGCACGCCCGCCGGGCCCUGCCUAGGCGAAGUGCGCGCGCGAUUGCGUGCCGCUUUGCGCCUGGUGCGGCGGCUACGCAGCCUGGGACAGUCCCUUCGCGAGGCCGAGGCCGACGGGGCGGCCUGGGCCUCCCUGCACGCUCAGGCGGCGCCACUGCGAGCGGAGCUAGCCGAGCGGCUGCAGCCGCUGGCCCAGGCCGCCUACGUGGGCGAGGCGCGACGGAGGCUGGAGAGGGUCCGGCGCCGCCGGCUGCGGCUUCGUGAGAGAGCCCGGGAACGCGAGGCUGAGCGGGAGGCGGAGGCCGCGCAGGCCACGGAACGGGAGCAGGAGAUUGACCGCUGGAGGGUAAAGUGCGUGCAGCAAGUGGAGGAAAAGAAGCGGGAACAGGAACUCAAAGCUGCUGCUGAUGGUGUUUUAGCUGAAGUAAGGAAAAAACAAUCAGAUACCAAAAGAAUGGUGGACAUUUUGCGUGCUUUAGAGAAACUGAGGAAGCUGAGGAAAGAAGCUGCAGCAAGGAAGGGGGUCUGUCCUCCUGCCUCAGCAGAUGAGACUUUUGAGCACCAUCUUCAGAGGCUCAGAAAACUCAUUAAAAAACGCUCUGAACUUUAUGAAGCUGAAGAGAGAGCCCUCCGAGUUAUGCUAGAAGGAGAACAGGAAGAAGAGAGGAAAAGAGAACUGGAAAAGAAACAGAGAAAAGAGAAAGAGAAACUUUUACUUCAGAAACGUGAAAUUGAGUCCAAGUUAUUUGGAGAUGCAGAUGAGUUCCCGCUUGCUCACGUCUUGCAGCCGUUCCAGCAGUAUUACCUCCAGGCUGAGCACUCCUUGCCUGCGCUCAUUCAGAUAAGGCAUGAUUGGGAUCAGUACCUGGUGCCGUCUGAUCAUCCUAAAGGCAACUCCGUUCCCCAAGGAUGGGUCCUUCCCCCGCCUCCAAGCAACGACAUCUGGGCAACUGCCAUUAAGCUGCAUUAAGACUCCAGGAGUGUGGUCCAGCGGGCGAGCACUGCAGCUCUAGAUAUUGGUGAUGCUGUCCUCUCACGCCGUAGCCUUCUGCACAACCUAAGCUCCAUGUGGCAUUGCCCUAGCUGGAAAGCCUGCUUCUUUUGUUCUCUGCCCUGGCCAGGGAUGCCUCUUGAGCUAGGAGGUUCAUAAGGUUCUUCUGGAAAGGACCAAGAUGAACUGAGCCAGGCUGUGGCCUCGGCUCACUAAGUCUGCCUCUGUUUUGAGGGGCUUGUGCUCAUUUGCUCUAGGGUGGUUGUGUAUUGCUCUAGGUGGGUAAGUGCAGUCAGCACACUUAGUUACUCCUUGAAGAGGUUGGCUGAGUAGAGUUAGCAGCCACUGCUCCUUAUCUUCCUACGCCGACUGCCCUCCAGCUCCCAGGAACACAGGUCAACGUUUGACCUGAAGGUCUGUUGAUCUCAGUUUUGGUGCAGUGUGGGAGAUUGUACUGAGGACAAUGGCAGUGGCUGCCAGGGAGACUGAUGCUUAGAACACUGGUCAUGUGGAGAGCCUAGAAAACUAAAGAGUUGGCAGAGCUGGGCAGGCUUGUGCUCUGACAGAGCCUGUUUCUCUCACUAAAGCACCAGUGGAAAAGUUCUGAGGGAUCUAGUUGUAUGGGGCCUCCAAGAAUAGAAACUUGUUUCCCUAUGGGACUGUGAUCUCAGUCACAUGGUAGGCACUGGGUUGCUCAAGCUUCUAAAAACAUCCAUACAGCACAAGUUAGAAAAAGAGCAAAUACGAAUGUCAAAUCUUAUUUUUAUAUUCAUUAAUAAAAGCUAUUGUGCUUACACUUGAUCAGUCAUAUGACAUGUUAUGGUUUUUGUUUUACUUUAUUCUGGGUUUUGUUAUUUAAUUUCCUAAAAGCUGAAUAAAUACCAUUAUUACUUUUUUGUUUGA